CGCGCCACGUGCCCGCGCUGCGCGCGCGCCGCCUCGGCGCAGCCGGGCUGGCUUGGCACGCAGGCCGGGGCGCCCCUCGCCGAGCAGGGAGCGUCCGUGGGCAUCGACAUGGGCACCACCAAUUCGGCUGUGGCGGUCCAGAUGCCCGACGGCAGCUUCAAGGUCGUGCCGCCCAAGGGCUCACGGUCCGGCAGGGCCACGAUGCCUUCCGUGGUCGCCUACAACGCAGCCGGCCAGGUGGUCGUCGGCGCCGAUGCCCUGCGGGUGAAGCCCGACGGGGUCAAGCAGGUCGUCUUCCGAUCGGUGAAGCGGCUCUUGGGGCGCACCUACGCCGAGGUGCACAAGGCGGGUAUCAACCCCAACGCCCUGGGCGCCGACCCGCGCGGGCUCAGCUCGGAGCCCGUGCGGCUGCUGCUGCCGGGCGGCGGGACCCUGAUGCCGGAGCAGGUGGUGGCGCAGCUCAUCCGCGCACUGGUGGCGCACGCCGAGGCGUUCCUCGGGCAGCGUGUGACGCGCGCCGUGCUGGGGACGCCGGCGCAGUUCACGAAGAGCCAGACGAUGGCCCUGGAGCGUGCCGCGGAACUGAGCGGGAUCCAGUACGUCACCACGGCCCCCGAGCCGGAGCUGGCCGUGAGGGCCUACGGCUACAAGCUGAACCCCUCCAGGUACCUGCCGCGCGCGGCGGCGGCCCGUGCUGCGGGCGGCGGCGCAGCCCAGCGGGGCGGCGACGGCGGCUCCGCUGCCCAGGUGGAGGGGUACGACUUCUACGCCGACGUGGACGAGGAGGAGCUGGAAAGUGCUGCAAGGGACCAGAUGGAUAUGAAGCAUGUCAUGGUCGCCGACGUUGGCGGCGGCACCUUCGACGUCUGCAUGGUGCGGCACAUAGUGAACUGGGACGAGAUACACGUCCUGCACACGUCUGGCGACGAGGGGCUGGGAGGCGACGACUACGACACCGCCCUGGCCAAGUGGGCGGAGAAGGAGCUCGAGCCCCACUUCAGGAAAGAGCAGGUGAACUUGUGGCCCCUGUCGCCAGGGAACAAGAAGAAGCUGCGCAUGGAGAUUCGGAAGGCCAAGGAGCGGUUAAGCAGCAUGGAGUCCACGACGAUUCCGUUCGCGGGCGCCAAUUUACCAAUCACCCGGCAUAUUUUCAAUGUCGUCACCCUUCAGACGACACGACGUUUCUUGCGGCCGAUUCGCGAGUGCGCUUUUGGAGCCGACGUCCGUUUGCCCGGCGAGACGAUAGCUGAACUCGCCUACGACAAGGCCGUGAAGAGGCAAAAGUCGGUGGAACCAAAGAAGACCAAGAAGAAAAACCUGGAUGAUAAGAAAAAAAACCAGAAUGCGAAGGCUAUCAUCCAAGACUGCGCGGACGAGAUACAGAAGGAGGAGGCAAGGGUGGAUGCGGUGCUGUGCAUCGGCGCAGCCUCUUGGACCCCCGCCGUGCGCGAACUGCUGAGGAUAGUCACUGGGUGCACGCCCGAUCUGGCGCAGGUGGACCCUGAGACUGCCUGUGCCCUGGGAGCGGCCAUCCUGGCGGCGGUCACCGAUUCGAAGAUCGACGACAUGCAUGUGCACUCUGGCUGGCGAAACACCUGGGCGACUUACCUGAUGAAGAAACCGAAGCUGUUCAAACGCCUGCAGCAGGAGAAGGAGGAAUUCCUCAAGAAGGAGGAGGAGUCUCCAGCGAUCGUUGCGCCGACGGCGGCUGCGAAGCUGCCGAAGCUGCACGAGGCUGCGCGCAAGGGCGACAUGGACGUCAUCGGUGCCCUCCUGGAGCGCUCCCCCAACGUGGGUGAGCUGCUGUGUUCCGAGUCGGGAGG